AAUAUGUAUUUUAGGUGAAGGUUCUCAAAUUUAAUCUAGUGGAUUGAUUAUGAUGCUGUUGUACGUAUAUUUCAUUUCCCUUGUAAUAAUAAAUGUAAAGGGAUCAGGAAUGAUACCUCGAUGUAUACAGCACCGCUCCAGUAUAGCCACUUUCAAUACACCACAGUAUUCUGGAAAUGUGUAUUUUACAAAGCAUGACUCAUAUCUCCAUGUGACUGGAUCUGUGUCAGGAUUACCGCCUGAUAAAAUGUUGGGUGUUCACAUACAUGAAUACGGUGCAUUAGGUGAUGAUUGUAACGACGCGGGACCACAUUUUAAUCCGUUUAACAGUGAUCAUGGAGGACUAACAGGGCAACCAAGACAUCCUGGAGAUUUUGGAAAUCUUUAUGUAAACCAUGGUGGUGUUAUGAAUUUCAAUCUCACAGUUGAUAUUUCUUCUAUUAUUGAACAUGAUGGAUUUAUUGGCAGAGCACUAGUUAUUCAUGAACAAGAAGAUGAUUUAGGUAGGAUGGGAAACGAAGGAAGUCGCAAGACAGGCAAUUCCGGUAAACGUUUAACAUGUGCUGUAGUUGGCAUUUGGAAAGCUAAAUAAACUACUUAUUGGCUCUUUUUUAUAUCAGUUUGCAGUGAGAGUGAAAAAAAAACAAUUUUUUAUUCAUUUAAAUCGAUUUCUGGCAAACAGUUGUAAAAUUGUUAUUGUUUUAUUUCCUUUAUUUGUUAAACAACUUUAAACAGUAUUAAACCUAAGACAAUUUACAAUGGUAAUAAUGUUGUUCUUAUUUUAAUUGCGCAUUAGUUAUGGUUAGUUUAAAG